AUGGGCUGCCGCAGCGUCAUUCCUCAUCCCUCACAGACUCGUCGACUCUCUGGCCUUCCGUUUUACAGCCUAAGCUUUUCGCGCUUUCCCCAAGAGGCACUUACGACGUCGUUCCCAGUUCGUUCCAACCAGCAAGCUUUUCACAAAGUUGUCACUUGUUGUACUGCAUCAGUCUCAGCCUCCGAUGAUGCCUUCACUUGGGACGACGUCGUUAAGAUAUCCAAACCGGUUCAUAUCUCAGGAACUACUCGGAAAAGAUCAAAAUCUGCGAUCGCGCUUUCCUUGGAAUCGCACUCUGAGUUCCUUCCCUUUGUAAUUGAGGUCCAUUCACAAAGGAAAAUUCAAACUCUAAUGGCGGUUGCAUUUAUCGCUGAGCACAGGACGAGAGCUGUGGGAGAUGUAAUCAAAAGCUUAGGGGAAGAACAUAGUCCAGGUAUAAGGAAUGAGCUAUGGUUUGUUUCUGCAAUUUGCGCCACCUUUUUUUACCUUGGUCUAGUGCCUCGACAUGGAGGUUCUGUGAAAGGGCUUGAUAAUGAGGUUUUGGAGGUGACACUGUGUGCGCUAUAG